GAAAAUUUAAAUUCAUGAAAAUGCGUCAAGUAUUUAAGGUUGUGUCGCUCGAUUUCUACUGUCGCGCUGUGAAAACUUUAAUGUUCUAUAAAUACUCCUUUUCGUCCACACUUUCGUAAGAUAGGACAGCAAUGGCCAAAACAACCGACAAAAAAGGGAAAAGCGCGAUCAACGAAGUCGUGACGCGUGAGUACUCAAUUAAUCUCCACCGUCGUCUACACGGUGUUGGUUUCAAGAAACGGGCACCACGCGCCAUCAAGGAAAUUAGAAAAUUCGCCGAAAAACAGAUGGGCACACCUGAUGUCCGAAUUGACACCAGACUUAACAAACAAUUGUGGUCCAAGGGUAUCAGAAACGUUCCAUUCCGAGUACGUGUACGCUUGAGCCGAAGACGUAACGACGACGAGGACUCAGCCAACAAAUUGUACACCCUGGUCACUUACAUACCAGUAGCGACUUUCAAAGGGCUCCAAACCGAAAAUGUCGAUGCAAGCCAAGAUUAAUUUAUCAUUGUUUUACACAUUUAAAAGAUAAUAAAGGAAAAAAAAUAAUAAAUUAUUCUGACGCUAAA